CUCAAGGUAGACACCCACAUCCUGUACUUCUACAGAUUAUUGGCAAUUCAAUGGCCCCUGGGGUCAGAAAGCAGCCUUCUGAUGCGGACUGGGAUGACCUGUGGGAGCAGUUUGAUGAGCGGCGGUAUCUGAAUGCCAAAAAGUGGCGUGUUGGUGAUGAUCCCUACAAGCUGUAUGCUUUCAACCAGCGGGAGAGCGAGCGGAUAUCCAGCAAUCGGGCUGUCCCAGACACACGCCAUAAGAGAUGUUCACUGCUUGUGUAUUGCACGGACCUUCCUCCCACCAGCAUCAUCAUCACCUUUCACAACGAAGCACGAUCCACCCUGCUCAGAACCAUCCGCAGUGUGUUAAACCGCACCCCUAUGCAUCUGAUCCAGGAAAUCAUAUUAGUGGAUGACUUCAGCAAUGACCCUGAGGACUGCAAGCAGCUCAUCAAACUGCCCAAGGUGAAGUGUUUGCGAAACAGUGAGCGGCAAGGUCUGGUCCGUUCCCGGAUGCGGGGUGCUGACAUUGCCCAAGGCACCACUCUGACCUUCCUUGACAGCCACUGUGAGGUGAACAGGGAUUGGCUGCAGCCCCUGUUACACAGAGUCAAAGAGGACUACACAAGGGUUGUGUGCCCUGUGAUUGACAUCAUUAACCUGGACACCUUUAACUAUAUUGAAUCUGCCUCAGAGCUCAGAGGGGGAUUUGACUGGAGCCUCCACUUCCAGUGGGAACAACUCUCCCUGGAGCAGAAAGCUUUGCGCCUAGACCCUACUGAGCCCAUCCGGACUCCAAUCAUAGCUGGAGGACUCUUUGUGAUUGACAAAGCCUGGUUCGAUUACUUGGGUAAAUAUGACGUCGACAUGGACAUCUGGGGUGGGGAGAACUUUGAAAUCUCUUUCCGAGUGUGGAUGUGUGGAGGUGGCCUGGAGAUCAUCCCCUGCAGCCGGGUGGGGCAUGUCUUCAGGAAAAAGCAUCCAUAUGUCUUCCCUGAUGGAAACGCCAACACAUAUAUAAAGAACACCAAGCGGACAGCUGAAGUGUGGAUGGAUGAAUACAAGCAGUACUACUAUGCAGCCCGGCCUUUUGCCCUGGAGAGGCCCUUUGGGAACAUUGAGAACAGAUUGAACCUGAGGAAGAAUUUGCACUGCCAGACCUUCAAGUGGUACCUGGAGAAUGUCUACCCAGAACUCAGGGUACCCCAAGAUUCCUCCAUCCAGAAGGGCAAUAUCCGGCAGCGGCAGAAGUGCCUUGAGUCUCAGAAGCAGAAAAACCAAGAGACUCCACACCUCAGGCUAAACUCCUGUGCCAAGGUCAAAGGGGAUGGAGCAAAGCCUCAGGUGUGGGCCUUCACAUACACCCAGCAGAUCAUCCAGGAAGAUCUGUGCCUGUCUGUGGUCACCCUGUUUCCCGGUGCCCCAGUGGUUCUUGUUCUGUGCAAGAAUGGGGAUGAAAGGCAGCAAUGGACCAAGACUGGUGCCCGAAUUGAGCACAUAGCAUCUCACCUCUGCCUGGACACAGACAUGUUUGGUGACAGCGCUGAGGAUGGCAAGGAAGUCGUUGUCAACCCUUGUGAGUCAUCGCUCAUGAGCCAGCACUGGGACAUUGUAAGCUCAUGAGGACCCUGGGUGCAUCCAGCUGUGGACCAGGAAUGAUGCUUCCCUGGACCGGACCAGACCAAACUGGAACCCAGGCUGUGAACAGCCCAUGACUGUACCAGAUGUCCUUGACUGGAGGGAGAGCAAAGGCCCCCAGGAUAGGAGCAACUGUCUCAGGGAAGAUGGAGGAAAAGGUCACAAACCAACCGGGCUCAGCAACACCCUCAUGUGUGCAAUAUUAUGAAGGGCCAGUCCUGGCCAGGUUUUCUAAUUGGGACCUGGAGAUGGAGAUAUGAUGGGAAGUGUUUGUUGUACCCUUUCUAACAAAACAAGGCCAGAAAGAAAGGCUGUCCUUGUCACUGUGCCAGGACCACGUUGAGAGAUGCAGAAUAGAGAUGGUUUUCAGAACAAAUAAAGCUAACAUUGGGAGUUGUCCUUUGAUAA